GUUGUCAAUAGCGACCAUAACGUAGUGGUUCAUAGCGUAUUUGCUAUAACGGCCAUAGUGUAGCGGAUUUAUAAUAGCGGCCGCCUUGGCUGCUAUAAUGGCCACUUUUUUCAUAGUGAUAGUGACUGCUAUUAAUGUUAUUUAAAUAUUUAGUGAAAAGUCAAAAAAAAAAAAAAAAGAAGAGAGAGAGAGAGUUCAACAUCAUAUCCCUUUUUAAAGGGUAAUGGAUGGAGAAAGGCUAACACUUAACUUGUGGUUCAGCCGUGAUAGUUCCCACGAUGAGGAUGCUAAACUUCUUUCACUUCUAUCCCAAAGCCUGUUACAUGAUUCAAAUGACAUGCCAUGUUCACGCCUUCCUUUUCCAGCUUCCAGCAGUAUGUACUGGUUUUCACCAAAUCAAGCAUCUCAUUCUCAUCAAGAAGUGGGAUUUGAUAUACGCUGGGGGAGAUUGCAUGUUAUUGGAUUUUCUGUGUAUUCUUCUCGAGGAAAGGACUAUUCCUCUGAUUUUUCAGAGCUGCUUAAUGAAGCGUUGCAGUUAGCUAGGGGAGAUCAACUGUUUGACCUCAACUUUGCCAACAUCAUGCAUGCACUCCAGGUGGUCCAAUUUUAUUAUUGGAAAGCGUUUCAAUCGCAGACUUUCCUAUAUGAAGAACAAGCUGGCAAGGUGGUACAACUACCACAAGCACAGGAGGAGAAAAUUCGUUCUUUGGAAUCUGUUGCCCGGAGGGAUUUUCGGCUGGCGGGGGUAGCAUUUGGCAAUAUAGCUUCCCAUGAGAAAGUGCAACAUUCCUUUGACUGGAAUAGCUUUUCUGCUGCAAUUACUUCAUGGGAAGAUUAUACUUGUAAGUUACACGAAGAACUAUUGAUUAGCUUGCCACAAUGGAGAACUCAUCAAUGUAUACACAGCAUUUCAUCUUGACACUUUAGAAAGAAAUUAACUACAUAUCACUUUUAAUGUUGUGAAUCAUGUGGUAGGUUAUGAUACCAAGUGUUUUAGGCAGCUGCUAUUUGCAGUAUACUUGGGUGAACCUACCAGCCAAGAAACAAACCUGUGGUACCUCAUGUCAGUAGGAGUGUAGGGCACUUAUGCUUCUUAGAUUCAAUAACUUUAUUUUACUGCUUAACUUCAAAUUAGACUUUUAGUUAUAUUUGGAGAUGGGUACUAAAAUAUUUUGCUAUAUAAUACUACUGUUCAGCACACUAAGCUUGUAAUGAAUAAUUCAUCUUUAUCUUCAUCUAUUCGUUGCCAUUCAUGUCCCUUUGGCUUGCUUAUGUUUACGUUCAUCUUCCAAAAGUAUUAUUAUCUCUGGGACUAAACAUCUGCUUGUCAAAAAUGAGAUUCCCUAAACAGCAGAAACGAGGUCUUUGGUGAUGUUCCAUUUGUGCAAAACAUUACCAAAAACAU